AUUAUAGAAAAGACAUCUAUAACAUAUAACUUGCAACUUAUUAAUUUACUAAUAUCAUCAAUUAAUAAAUUUGAAUGCAAGAAGAUCUUGGAAUAGACUGUCUUGUUAAUUGACGAAAUUCGUCUGAACUGCAUCUAAUUAUUAAGACAGCACUGUAUCUACUAACAAAUAUUUUAUGCAGUUUUAUAUAUGAAAAUACUCUCUAACCUAAAACUUGCUUAAAAAGUGGAGUACUUGCAUUAAUACCCAUUGUUCUGUAACUAUUAAUAAUUUCUCAUAUAUAUCUAAUUUCAAUAAAGAAAUUAUCAUGACUGACAACUUGGAUCGUCUGAGCAAAUACUUUAAACAGACUCUAAAACCUACUGUAAGAACCAACGUACUAGAAUGUCGUGUCUGUGAAGAAGUAUUUACUGUCGAUGGAAUAAAAGUACCAAGAUUACUACACUGUGGUCACACAGUAUGUCAUUCAUGUCUUUUACGAUUGAGACCUUGCAUGACAGAUCAGCAGUUCUUAUUGUGUCCUUUUGAUAGACAGCCAACAGGCAUUAGUCAGAACAAUGUCUGUAACUUGAAAAAGAAUUUUGCUCUAAUAGAAUUGCUAGAGAGAUUAGAACAGUCCAACAGUGAGAAACUAUCUAUACUUGAAAGGGAGAGAUUCCAAUCUAAUCAAACUUGCGAUGAAGAUGAAACUCAUACAGCAGUAUUAUAUUGUACAAUUUGUAUGACACAUUUGUGUGAGAAUUGUGAUAGUACCAUUCAUUCUUCAAGGACUUUAAGCAAACAUAAACGUGUAACUCUAUCAGAGAAACCGAAGGACAAACCAAAGUGUCCAGUGCAUACAACACAUGUUGCAGAAUUUACUUGCACUCAGGAAGGUUGCCAUAAUUCCCUUAUGUGCUAUUUGUGCAAGGAUUAUGGUAGACAUAGUACGCAUAAGCUAGCUUUGGUGGAAGUUGAGGCAGAGAAUAUUAGAAAAUCUAUUGUCACUGCUCUGCAGAAAAUGACACAAUUUAUGGAGAGUAUGAGAGAUACAGCACACAGAAUAGAAACGGUGAUACAAGAGCUAGAGGGAUGGGCAAUAGAAGAUGCAAGACAAAGAGUACGUCAGCAUUUUGAGGAACUAAGAGCUCUAUUGGCUGAACAAGAAAAUGCAGCCAUCUCUUGUAUUGAAACAGAAACCCGUGGGAGAUUAUGUGCUUUAAGCCAGCAACAACAGGAUUUAACUACCACUAGGUCUCAAGUAGCUGAUGUGUGCAUUCAGUGCGAAAGUAUUUUGGAUUCUGAAGAUUGGAAGUUAUUAAGUAGCGCAACGAAAGUUAAAGAAGUGUUAACUACGUUGGAACAACAACAACAACAUUAUGCUCAACUUGGCCCUGACUUCCUCACACCCGAGUCCUCUAUACCUAUAAUAUUCAGCCGUGACAACAGAGUACAUAUCGGCACAAAGAUUGACAUGCGUGUCGUAAUCUUAGGAUUAGACGGUGCUGGAAAAACAAGCAUUCUAUCAGCCAUAAGAGGCAUCACGCUCUCCGGACCGCCAAUUUCUACAAUUGGCUUCAAUGUAGAAAGUCUAGAGUAUAAAAAUUUGGUAUUCACUUUAUGGGAUGUUGGUGGACAACAGAAGUUUAGGCCACUAUGGAAACAUUACUAUCACAAUACACAGGCAGUAAUCUUUGUAGUUGAUGCCAGUGAUAGAUCUAGAUUCGAAGAGGCUCAGAACGAACUAUCAAAAAUUGUAAAUGAACGCGAAUUAAAAGACGCUUUAUUCCUGAUAUAUGCCAAUAAGCAAGACCUCGCUGGUUGCGCCAGUGUCGAAGAAUUAACUGAUAUUCUGUGUUUGCAAAAAUUAUGUUGUGGCCGAGCAUGGCAUAUACAAGGCUCGUCCUCACUUACAAACGCUUGUGGUUCUACACAAGGUCUUGAUUGGUUAACCCAACAAUUGGGUGCUCAUGAAACUUUAUAUACCAUACCCACUAUAUCAUAAAACUUAUGUGUAGCGACUAUGCCUUAUAGAACGAAUGAGAUUACAAUGAAGAAAAUUCAGACUUUGUAUUUAUAUACUUAAUUAGUCUGCAAUUUGUUUUAUAAAUUACGUAUUGCACAUUCCGCGUAUAUCUUUCUUAAUUAAUUUAACAAUUGUGAUAAUGUUUUGAAGUUAUGUUUAGCUUAUUGCCUUUGAUAUGAUGUAACUAUCAUGUGAUAAUAGUCGUAUUAAUCGAAAGGCGAAAAUAAACGGCCUGGGCACGUCUAGAAAAGUCUUAUUUAUUUUAUUACAUUGGUUACUUGGUUUUGCUUUUAAUACAUAAUCAUACCAAUCAUAUUUAUAUUUAUAUUUCAUUCAGUCAUGUCUGCAUACAUCCAAUCAUUCUUACAUUUUAACUGGAGCAAGAUGUUUAAUACGCGCGUACACUGUACGGAAAUUGAAA